AUGGCGGUCAAGCUCACGCUCCCAGCGCAAGCACUGCUCUCCCAGGUGGCCAAGCUGGGCUCCCUCCUCGCCCUCCUCCUUCUCGCGCUGCUGCUGCCCGCCUUCCUCAGGGUCGCCUACGGCUACCUCCUCUUCAACGACAUCGUUCUCGCGCUCGGCAUCCAGGCCUUCGUCGGCAGCACAGCUUCCAUCGCCGACGAGUCCUCGAGUACCGAUCACGCUGUCGCGCCUGUAGGCGUGGCCGCCUCGCCGUUCCAGAGGGCUGGAUCAGUCCGUCCCGACGACCGGACGACGGUUGCGGAUGAUGAUCGUGUGGUGGUUCCUGCUUAUGUAGCGAGUAAUAUAAUCGAGCUGAAGACAAAGACCAAGGAGGUGGUGCUGAAGGUGCUGAAGAAGUGCCCGUCGACGGCGAGCAUCUUCUUCCUCAGCGCGCUGAACGGCAGCCAGGCCGGCGGAGAGGAAAAGGGACGGCAAGAGGAGCAGGAUGAUUUUCAGGUCGACCUGUUGGACGGCGACGUGACGAUGAGUCGGCAGGAGCUUUUCGCCAACACGGAGAGGUUCAUCGGCAAUUUCCGCAAGGAGCUCAGGAUGCAGAGACAGUAG